CCGGCCCGGCCGUGGCUGAGCGGGAGAGCGGCGGCCCCGGCGGACGGAGCCCCGCGGGCACCAUGAGCGGUUCACAGAACAAUGACACUAAAAGACAGUUUCUUCUAGAACGGCUGCUGGAUGCAGUUAAACAGUGUCAAAUACGAUUUGGAGGAAGAAAAGAAAUUGCUUCAGACUCUGAUAGCAGAGUGACUUGUUUGUGUGCUCAGUUUGAAGCUGUGUUGCAGCACGGCCUGAGGAGGAGCCGAGGACUGGCAUUAACAGCAGCAGCAAUCAAACAGGCAGCAGGUUUCUCCAGUAAAACUGAAACAGAGCCAGUGUUCUGGUACUAUGUGAAGGAGGUUCUGAACAGACACGAGCUGCAGCGCUUUUACUCUCUGAGGGCCAUCACCUCGGAUAUUGGCAGAGGCCGGGCCUGGCUGCGCUGUGCACUGAAUGAACAUUCCCUGGAAAGAUACGUUCAUAUGCUGCUGGCAGACAAGAAUCGACUCAGUGUCUUCUAUGAAGACUGGUCUUUUAUGAUGGAUGAAGAACGCUCCAGUAUGAUCCCUACAAUGGCAGCUGGUCUGAACUCCAUCCUUUUUGCCAUCAACAUUGAUAAUAAGGAUUUAAAUGGGCAGAGCAAGUGCACACCCACCGUGUCUGAUUUGUUAAAGGAAUCCACACAAAAUGUAACUUCGUUGUUGAAGGAAUCCACGCAGGGUGUGAGCAGCCUCCUGCGGGAGAUCACUGCUUCCUCUGCUGUCUCCAUCCUCAUCAAACCUGACCCAGACACUGACCCCCUUCCUGUUCUGCCCCGGAGUGUAAAUGCUGAUUUGAGAUAUAAAAAAGAUCGAAAAAAGAAGAAGAGAGUGACCAAUAUUAUCUCAUUUGAUGAAGAGGAAGAUGAGCAGAAUUUGGGGGAUUCUGCAAAGACUCUGAUUACAGGAGAAAGCUCAGAGGAGAGCGUAGACAGAUCCUCAGUCCUUGCAUUGUCCUCAUCUGAAAGCACUCUUGGAAAAAAUUUGAACGGGAAUGAAAGUAACAGUUCGUGGAAGAGCAAUUCAUUGCCUCAUUCCCUCAUGAAUGGAGAGUACGAGUACCAGAAACUGGAUGUGAAGAGCAUUGAUGAUGAAGAUGCAGAUGAGGAUGAGCUGUAUGGAAAAACAUUAGGAAAUAAAGGCACAGAAGGUGAAACGGAAGCUUCUGAAAAGACUCAUGAAAUAGGCACUUGCAACUCUCAGAUAUGCAGUUGGACUCCUCUGCAGGUCCUCAAUGAUGACUCAGAUGUGCUGUUCCCUGUCAGUGCUGUUGGCUCUUACUCCCAAACAGAUAACUUGGAGAAUGGAGAGGGGCAUGAACAUGUUGUUCACCCGGUAGAACUGGUUCCCAGAAGAUCUGAUCUCCCUUACAGAGUGGAAGUCAAUCCUCCAGCACAAGUGAAUACUUUAAGCAGUAUGUUGCCUUCAGCCACCGUACCAGAAUCCAUGACAAUUAAUGAACUUCGUCAAGCUAUCGUGGCCAUGAUGAAUAGGAAGGAUGAACUGGAAGAGCAGAAUAGAUCCCUGAGAAACCUGCUGGAUGCAGAGAUGGAGCUCUCAGCAGCACUGAGGCAGGAGAUGGACAACUGGAGAAGGAAAGUAGCAGAGCAGGAAGAGCGACAUGCCACCAAAGUCCAGGCCUUGGCACGAGAAAAUGAGGUGCUAAAAGUGCAACUUAAGAAGUAUGUAGGAGCUGUCCAGAUGCUCAGACGAGAAGGUCAAACAGUGGAAGUUCUACCAAACAUUUGGAGCACUGAUGGUGAAUUUACAAUUCCAGAGCAAAAGCAAGUAGAGAACAACGAGGAACUCGCCAGCUCUUAUGAAAGAAAAUUGAUUGAGGUGGCUGAAAUGCACGGGGAGCUGAUUGAAUUCAAUGAGAGGCUGCACCGUGCCCUGAUGGCUAAGGAAGCUCUCGUGUCCCAGAUGAGACAAGAACUGAUUGAUUUGAGAGGCCCAGUCCCUGGAGAUUUGAGUCAAACAUCCGAAGAUCAGAGUUUGUCAGAUUUUGAAAUAUCAAAUCGUGCUCUUAUUAAUGUUUGGAUUCCCUCAGUCUUUCUGCGUGGAAAAGCUGCUAAUGCAUUCCAUGUUUAUCAGGUUUAUAUCAGGAUAAAGGAUGAUGAAUGGAAUGUUUAUCGAAGAUAUGCAGAGUUCAGAAGUUUGCAUCAUAAAUUACAGAGUAAAUACCAGCAAGUGAGGACUUUUAACUUUCCACCUAAAAAGGCCAUUGGAAACAAGGAUGCAAAGUUUGUAGAAGAGCGACGCAAGCAGCUACAAAAUUACCUAAGGAAUGUAAUGAACAAAAUUAUUCAAACUGUGCCAGAAUUCACAGCCAAUCCCAAAAAAGAGACACUUAUUCAGCUGAUGCCCUUUUUUGUCUAUUAUCGUUAACAUGACAUGGAUUCAAAUCUGCAUCUGUCCCUGAGAAUGUCACAUGAGCUCUCUCCUGCUUUGUUGCACAUGUUGAUAUCAUGCUCUAAUCUUCAGGAGAAAUGCAGAUACUUGAGAGAAGCAGCUGAUACCUCUUGAUGGAGCAAUUAAAACUCAAGCACUUCCUUGGAAGAUCAAAACAACAUGUUUUGAUCACAACUUUUCUUUAUCAUUCCAUUUGCUUUUAUUGUGAUUUUAAAAGAAGGGGCUUGUUCUUAAAAAUAAAAUAAUGAUGGUAAUUGUUUGUGCAGGUUGUUUUUGAUGAUGGGCAGUUUACUUGAAAAACUCAAAGCAAAGGCAGCUAAGUUGCAUUAUUCCUAUGGAGACUAUUUAAACUAUGUUGAAUGCUGUACUUGGUAGUGCUUUGGGGCAAAUAUUCUUGCCUGCCUGAAUUUGGAGCAAAGAAGAGUCAGGGAACAUGGAGGGAACAGAACUUCUCAGCAGGGAAACAGCAGCCAACUUGCUCCACCAGGGCCAUCCCCCAGCUCAGAACUCAAGCACCAGGAGCUGUUUGCUCCCGAGCACGUGGAAAAACAGGUGGCAGAUUUCCAGGAGACUGGUAACUGUGCUGCCUUUCCCAUUAAGCUGAAUUAUGAAGCAUUGAAGGCUAAAAGUCUGACAUGGUAAAGCAAGGCAGAAAUGUUCACCAAGUUUUUAAUUGCCAUUAAAAUUGCCAUUAGUCUGGCUAAGUUCAUGAGUGAGCUCAGUAUCAGGUAAAUGAUAGGAAUGAACAGGUAGGAAGUAAUAUUUUAAGCUUUCAGAUUUUUAUUUUUUUUCCCUCCUUGGCAUGAAAAGUGAUUCACUUUUUGCAUUUUGUGUUCUGUGUAAACUAGAGGGGGAAAGUUCACAGGUGUUGGUGCUUAACUCCUUUCAUGGGCUUCUCAUACACUGGUGUAAACUCUGUUCCUAUACCCAAUGCCAGUCGUAUUGAUUAUGGGCUGUUUAAAAGCUAAUUUGGUAAUUAAAGUUGUCUUCCUUCCAUGUCAUUUUUGUGUGCAAACAACUUGUGAAUAUGGAGGAGGAAGCGCCUGGCUAGUCACUGUAAUGCACUGCUGCCUCAGCACGUGGAAAUUGCUACUUGUCAAACAAGAGAUUUAGUCCUUUUAUUUUCACAUAUGAGAUGCAUUGUGAAUCCUGCUGCACGUCCUCUGUCUUUAGUUACCUCAAUAUUUUCAAUAAAAAUGUAUUUAGCUGUCUCUGCCUUCCUUAAAGAUAAUUACUUACUAGCAGGAAAAAAUAAAUCCAGGUAUUUACUGAGCACCGUUCUUCUGAAAGCAAAUCCUACGUUUUGUUAUUAUAUAAACAACCUUUGAACAUGUUCUGCUUCUGAGCCACUUGUUCCCUGAAUCACCUUUCCCUGUGUGUGGUAGGUGGUUCUGCUCACACAGGUUCAGCCAACCCCUGACAGGAAGAGAAUGAGGAGAGCUGAAUGUUGGUGAUUUCUAGAUGGAAAAGGGUGGCACAGCCAAACUUGCUGCCUUUCAACUAAGAACAGAAAUACGCAAAAUAAUUACAACAAUUAUAAAUAAAUGCAAAUGUGUGUUUGGUUUAGGUUUCUGGCUUUCUAGUUAGCUGUGAAGGGAUCAUUUGCAGGAGCACAUGCAUUAUGUUACUCUGGCUGGGGCACCAUGAGACAUGGGAAGUAACCAUUCCCAAAUGCAGGUGUUAUUAUGCAUUGGAAAGCCAAGGAAUGAGCCUCUGGGUGUAAGUAUUGCUUAGAUGAAAGGUCACCUUUACAGGGUUCUGAGCAUUUCUUGAAUGAGAGUGUAUCCAAUUGCCAAAAUUAAUCAUAGGUAUUAUUCAUUUAUAUAACUGAUGGAUUCAGUAACCAUCUUGUUAUGCCAACUUCAAAAUAAAGUUACCAGAAGUAAAAAAAGAUCCUGUCAUUACAGUUAGGUACAGUGCCAUGGUUUACAGAAGAAUUCAAAUAUCAAUGCAAAUGUUGAUGAAGAAAGUCUUUAUGCUGGUAUGGAAACUGAAUUAUAGCAUGUGAAUGUUAAAGUCAUGGUAAUUUGAAUUAUAACAAAUGGCAGCACGAUUAUGUGUCAUUAUUUCACAGCAAGAAGAGAUCAAAUACUUCAUGAGUACUGUGUUGCGCUGUAGAAGUGUGUAGUGGAAGUAGAAGGAGUUGUGCAUUAACCAAAUGGUUGGACAGAAUAUUAGAAUUAAUGCUUUUCAUUUCUUGAAAUUUCAUUUCAGAUCUAAUCUUGAUGGGAAAGGAUUGUUCAGUUUGUAACCUGACAACUUUGCUUUAACAGUGUCUUCAGGAUUUUCAGUGUUGAAGUGUACUAUAGAGGGAUUAUCUUACCCUUUUCUCUCUAUCUCUUCUGUUAAUAACUGACUGUUUAAACAUCCCAACUCAGCCAUUUUUAUUAAUGCAGGGAGAUCACAGUUUCUGUGAUCAGUUUGGGGACAGUGGCAGGAAUGUGGCUCCAAUUAUUUUUACACUUCAACAACUGGAAAAAAAUAUUUUACCCCGUUGACUGCAAAGCAUGAGUUACUCCAUUAUGUGAAAUGGUUUGAUGAAUUCAGAAUUUUAGUUAAUAAUGCCACUAGACAGGUGUUUUAUUUGAUUUUAUGUUGUAUUGGCAAGUCAGAAUUGUCUAAUAAGGAUAUCCUAAUGUAGUCUAGACAUUGUUUAAUACUACCUUUCUGAGGAGGUUGCCUGCCUGAGUCCAGUUUACAUGAAUAUUGGGGUUAUAACCAGAAAUUAGAUUAUUGUAAUGACUAACAAAGAAUGAGUAACAUAAGAAGCUGGCAAAAAUCACUGAAUUCAUCUGCCAGUGAAUGCCUUUUUUUCAUGAUGUGUGUUUAAUACAACUCAAGCAGAACUAGAAUUAUGAAUAUCUCCAGAGAUGCAUUUUCAUGUGAGGCAGAGCUGGAGAUAGAUAUCUGAAAUACCUGAUCCUGUGCUUUCCUGCACUCUCAAGGUGUGCUUAUUGCUUCUGAUCUCUGGCUGAUACAAAAGUAUCUCCAAUUGCAGAUGUGUUACACUGUUUUUAUAGAAACUUCUGUAAUUUUAUCUGAAGAGGAGACAAUGGGAUGGGAAAUAAAUUUCCUCGUGUAAACGUUCACAGCAUCAGCCAAGACAAUACUGCAGUUCCAUAUGCUGAGUAUGGAAAGAGAAACUCACAAAAUGUAGUUUACAUUUGGAUACAGGGAGAGCAAUAAAUCAAAGGUAUGAAUAAACCAGCAGCUGAUGAAAAGGACCGGUUAUUUUAAGCUAUUUUCUAUAGAUGCACCUCAGGCAGAACUUGACACCAAGACAAAAUCAAUGCAAGUGAAUCGUUUGCCAAACAAACGCUGGGCAGAUCAAUCAGGAAUGCUUGAAAGCUAAACAAUGGCCUGGUGGGAAGGAGGAAUUGAUUGCCUCAGCAGGCUGCUGCUUUUCUUCAGAAUGGGACAAGGAGAGAAUGUAGAAAAGAACUUGAGCCUUUAAUACACAGACAUUCCACUGCUGAACAGGGAAAGGCCUGGCAAGCCUCUACCUGCCUGCCAGACUCGGCCUAGAAAAUUCAACCCUAUUUAGUUUUCAAUGGCUCAGAAAGCAAAAGGAUAAUGUUGUAUUAAAACCAAACAGGUGUAACUGUUUGGUUGGUGUAGGUUGAAGAGUCAGUGCUGACUGCAGGAACUUGGAAGAGUUACUGUAGCACAGCUACUCCCUGAUUUAGGUCUAUGUCUUUUAAAUUUGUAUUUUAAUCUGAGUAAAACAAUCAGCUAUGGGUGAACCCUAGCUCAGCCCCCCAAAUUAGCCUAGAAACUUUCUACUGAAUGAGACAAAUGAGAGGGUUUGCAAAUGCUGCACAUAGUUGUGGCUUAUUCCUCCCUCCUAAACACAGGGUGGCCAAAAUAGAUUUGUAUGAAUUUCAUCUUUAUGUGCACUUGCAAGAAAUGCUGACAGGAUCAUUUUAAGGUCUUCAUACCUCUGCCCAAGAGUUCAUGGCCUGUCGGACCUGUCGAACUGUCAUGUCGUUUAGAAAGGUGUCUUUUUUAGUGCCAGAGACUUUAUAGGUAUCAUUUGACCUCAAGGCCAAACUAAAUUAUUAAACCUAGUAACAGGAGGCAAGAGAUGGGAGAUGAAUCUUUUCCUCCUACUUGAUUACCAUGUGUUUUGGGGGUGGGUGGUCAUUUUGGUAAGAAAGCUGGAGCUGAAACCAAAGUGAGAUGACUGGUUUCCUCAUCAGGUUUUGGAAAAGACCAGAUGGAAAGGGACUAAAAGAUAUAUACCUUUAAAUUUAUGACUCUUUUUUAAUACUUUAAACUUUUUUCCCCAUAGAACAUGUGGUCUGUGGAAGUUGAGGAAUUCAAUUUCAGCUUCAGUUUGCUUUUUCAUGCUGGAUGCAUGAAGACCUGAUUCCUCAGAUAUACAUUGCUAUGUAAACCUACAUAACAUAAUGAUUUGUCUUAGAAUUUGGAUUAUCAUUAUAAAAAUUAGCUAAGACAUUUAAGACAAAUUAUCUCUAAUUUAGUUAUUAGAUAUAUCUUGUUCUGGAGUAGCAUCAUUUAAAUUAGCAGAAUUACUUGCAAUGUCUGUCCUUCAUUCCCUGGCACUGGUGUUCAUGGAAUUAUCCUGAAUGAUCUGGUUACCUCAGCCCUGCCUGUCAGGGCACACUGAUAUUAAUUCAUAUCUCUUCAUUUUAGAGGGAUUCCUCCUGCCCCUUUUGCCCUUUUUCCUUUGGAUGGCAUUGCUCCCCCUGGGCUGGCGCUAAUGUCGUUUUGAGGACAUGCCAGCAGGAGGAGCUUGUGGAUUAAAAUGUGCUUUCAAUAAAGCAAUCACCAAAUUAUAGUAAUUGCAUAUAACUCUGUACUCUCUUCUGCAGUGGAAACUACCAUGUACCUGUAAAUUUGUCUGUCUGCUCAUAAAGCUCAUUAACCUAUUUUAGAUUGAGCAAAGCUCAAUGAGGUGAAAAUUUAAUUUUAUUUAAUUUUAUUCCAUUGUAUAAUUGAUAUUUAGGUUAUUUUAUGUUUACACGUUCUGAAAAAUACCUAUCUUAACACAAAAGCACAACUCCCUGAAGCCAAUAUCCCAUGCUCUGUUUUACAAGCAUUAAGAAUAUCAACACUGCAUUGCUCAAUUUUAUAAAUAGUAUAAAAAUUAUGAGUAAUAAUAUUCAUGUUACUAAAAGAAAUCCAUGCUAAUGAGUGCAGCUGAAAUUGGAUUCACAUGAUCAGAAUUCUCUACAGCAACUUAGAUAACAUUGCUGAGUUUCAAAAUAAGAAAUCAUGAGGCCACAGUUGUAAGUCCAAUUAUCCUUGGCUAUCAAGAAUUAAUAACAUAUACUAAAUUAAUUUUUAGACUUUUUAUUUUAGUGACAAGAAAAAUAAGGAAUUAAAGAUAUAACUUGUUAAUUUUGUUACUGAAGAAGAGAUGGAUGUGUACCACAGGUAUUUUAUGCAUUUUUUCACAUAAAGGUUCUUAGUUACCUUGAAAGACUAGAUACUUUAAUAGGAAUGUGAUGAAUCUUGAGGUAGGAAAAUCAUUUAUUAUUUUAGCUAAGACUCUUUUGUCCUUAGAAAUUUAGACAAGUUAAAUAAUGCACUUCCAUUAUAAAGCCUUAACACUUUUUUUUUUUGGUUAACAUUUAGCAUCUGAAUUGAACAUAAUUUUUCCACAGUGUUUUUCCCCUCUUACUUCUGUGGGAACAGCCAGUUUGUGUGCACUGUAGUUACAAAGGUGAUGGCUACCAGUGAGGCACCUGCCCUUUCCUGCAGAAGUGCUCUGCUACCUGCAAGUGAAUUUUCCACUCGGUCCCAGACUUGUUAAAGGCUUUUGCUUUGGUGCCAUCUCUCCCAUGUGGGUGCUCAGAACACCUCAGUAGAGCCUGAGUGUGCCUGUGGCUUUGGCAGGGCUGUCUGACCUGUGUGUUGGGAAGGUCACUGCAGGAAAAAGGGAACUGCACAGAGAAAUUCAGGGGUUGUUUUAAAAUAUAUCUCUGUUUGUUUAAGAUGGCCAGAACUGCAGAUGAACAAUUCCUCCCCUAUGGACUUUUUACCAUGUUCUGAAGUUAGGUAUUAUAAGGUUGGGGUUUUUAACUUGUAAAAGUAAGCUUGGCUUUGUGUGCUGUGUGAUUUGAUUGACUAGCUGAGUUGCUAAAUGCAAACCAGUUUUAUUUAUUGAUCUGUAUGUAAGCAGUUUAAUUAAAAACCAUGUGGAGACUUCUAAAAGAAUGGCAAAAGUACAAUGCUAUCCCUUUAUA